CUGCUGGGCUUCGGGGGGACGCUGCCCUGUCGCCGCGAGUGGAUGGUUAUUGCCCAGCUCGCGCGAGCGUGAAGGUACACCUGCCAUCCUUAACUGACUCCCGUACUGGUCAUCAGCACUGUUUCUGGAGUGUUGCAUUUCCCUCUCAGCAAAUAUGGAAGACUGACUAUCCUGACAUUCUCAGACAUUCCAUGCUGUGACUCGUAAGCCUGACAUCAAUCCUUCCUCCCUCCAAAAGAGCCACUCUGCUAAAAGCUAGAAUGAAACAGUUGCCUGCAGCUACAGUUCGCCUCCUUUCAAGUUCUCAGAUAAUCACUUCAGUGGUUAGUGUUGUAAAAGAGCUCAUUGAAAACUCCUUGGAUGCUGGUGCUACCAGCAUAGAUGUUAAACUGGAGAACUAUGGAUUUGAUAAAAUUGAGGUGCGAGACAAUGGUGAAGGUAUCAAGGCUGUUGAUGCACCUGUAAUGGCAGUGAAGUACUAUACCUCAAAAAUAAAUAGUCAUGAAGAUCUUGAAAAUUUGACAACUUACGGUUUUCGUGGAGAAGCCUUGGGGUCAAUUUGUUGUGUAGCUGAGGUUUUAAUUACAACAAGGACAGCUGCCGAUAAUUUUAGCACCCAGUAUGUUUUAGAUGGCAGUGGCCACAUAAUUUCUCAGAAACCCUCACAUCUUGGUCAAGGUACAACUGUUACUGCCUUAAGAUUAUUCAAGAACCUACCUGUAAGAAAGCAGUUUUACUCAACUGCUAAAAAAUGUAAAGAGGAAAUUAAAAAAGUCCAAGAUCUCCUCAUAAGCUAUGGUAUUCUUAAACCCUACUUAAGGAUUAUUUUUAUACAUAACAAGGCAGUUAUUUGGCAGAAAAGCAGAGUAUCAGAUCACAAGAUGGCUCUUAUGUCAAUUCUGGGAACUGCCAUUAUGGGCAAUAUGGAAUAUUUUCAGCACCACUCUGAAGAGUCUCAGAUUUAUCUAAGUGGAUUUCUUCCAAAGCAUGAUGCAGACCACUCUCUCACAAGUCUUUCAACUCCGGAAAGGAGUUUCAUCUUUAUAAACAAUCGACCAAUACAUCAAAGAGACAUAUUAAAGUUAAUCCGGCAUUAUUACAAUGUGAAGUUCCUAAAGGAAACUACUCGUUUGUAUCCCAUUUUCCUUCUAAAAAUUGAUGUGCCUACAGCUGAUGUAGAUGUAAAUUUAACACCAGAUAAAAGUCAAGUAUUACUACAGAAUAAGGAAUCUGUUUUAAUUGCUCUUGAAAAUCUGAUGACGGCUUGUUAUGGACCACUACCUAGUACAAAUUCUUGUGACAAUAAUAAAACAGAUGUUUCCUCAGCUGACAGGGUUGUUAAUAGAACAGCACAAACAGAUGCGGUUUUUAAUGAAAUGGAAUCAUCUGCAGAUAAUUAUCCAAAUGUUGAUACUUCAGCCAUUCUUUCCCAAAAUGAUGUACAGAAUGAUGAAUCUGGAAAAAACACUAAUAAUUGUUUAAAUCAUCAGUUAUAUGUUGGUGAUCAUUGUGAUGGUCAUUUUAGCAGUGAAAAUUCUAGUAUUGAUAAGGACGCUGGAAAUACAUUUCAGGAGAUCCCAAUUAGUAGUUUAUCGUGUGAAGACACCCAAAGCAAAUAUCGUGAAACUUGUUUUGUAGGUUCUAGUAAGCAUAUCGAAUCAGAAAAUGGCAAUAAAGGCCAUAUAAAUGAGAGUGAGGAAAAUGAAGAAGCACCAGUCCUUGAGACAUCUUUGGAAAUUUGUGCAGAUGACUGGAGUAAGGGAAAUGUACUUAAAAAUUCUGUAGGAAAGAACAUUGAACCUGUGAAAAUUUUAGUGCCACAGGAGAGUAUAGCAUGUAAUAAUAAUCCAAGCCCUGAACCAAAGAUUCUCAGUGAAGGUCCCUCUAACAAAAAGUCAAAUGUAGUUGAUAACAAAUCUGGAAAGCUUACAGCUUAUGAUUUAAUUAGCAAUCGAGUAAUCAAGAAACCCAUGGCAGCAAGUGCUCUUUUUAUUCAAGAUUAUCGUGCUCAGUUUCUCGCAGAAAAUUCUAAGGCUAAUUUAAAGGAUGCAACAGUACAAAUUGAAGAACUGUGGAAGACAUUGAGUGAAGAGGAAAAACUGAAAUACGAAGAGAAGGCUGCUAAAGACUUGGAGCGAUACAAUAGGCAAAUGAAGAGAGCCACUGAACAGGAGUCACAAAUAUCAUUAAAAGAUGGCGGGAAAAAGACAAAACUCAUCAGUGCAUGGCAUUUGGCCCAGAAGCACAAGUCAAAAACUUCAUCAUCUAAUCAGGCAAAACUUGAUGAGCUCUUUCAGUCCCAAAUUGAAAAAAACAAGACCGAAAGUAUUAAAAUAGUACAGAUCCCCUUUUCUAUGAGAAACUUAAAAAUAAAUUUUGAGAAGCAUAAGAAAUUGGACUUAGAAGAGAAUGAUGAACUUUGCUUGAUCCACAAUCUUAAGUUUCCUGAUGCCUGGCUAAUUGCAUCGAAAAAAGAAGUAAUGUUAUUAAAUCCGUAUAGAAUGGAAGAAGCCCUGCUUUUUAAAAGACUUCUUGAGAAUCAUAAACUUCCUGCAGAGCCACUGGAAAAGCCAAUUAUACUAACAGAGAGUCUGUUUAAUGGAUCUCAUUAUUUAGAGGUUUUAUAUAAAAUGGCAACAGAUGACCAAGGAUACAGUGGAGCAACUUACCUGUCUGAUCCUCGUCUUACAGCAAAUGGCUUUAAGAUAAAAUUAAUACCAGGAGUUUCCAUUGCUGAAAACUACUUAGAAAUAGAAGGAAUCGCUAAUUGUCUCCCAUUCUAUGGAGUAACGGAUUUAAAAGAAAUUCUGAACGCUGUAUUAAACAAAAAUGCAAAGGAAGUUUAUGAAUGUAGACCUCGAAAAGUGAUAAGUUAUUUAGAGGGAGAAGCAGUGCGUCUAUCUAGACAGCUACCCAUGUACUUAUCAAAAGAGGACAUCCUAGACAUUGUCCACAGAAUAAAGCACCAGCUUGGAAAUGAAAUUAAAGGAUGUGUUCAUGGUCGCCCAUUUUUUCAUCAUUUAAUUCAUCUUCCAGAAACUGAUUAACUAUGUUUAAGAAAGCUAGUUGAAAUUGGUUCAGUCAUAAGACAUUUUGAGUCAGUUUUUAAACCAUCUUUUGUAUUAUUAUGUGUUAAAGUUUGUUUUAUAAAUGAGGGUUCACUGGCUUGUCUGUAUAAUGAGAAGUUUUUCAAAAAUUGUAGAAAAAUUAAACUAGUAUAGACUAUU